AUGGCUCUGCGCGGAGGGCCUGGUGUUGGAAUGGUCGGCCGCGCACCAGCGGCCUCGCUGGUCGGCCCGCGGCCGCUGGUCGAGCAGGGCCUGGUGCUGCCCGCCAGGCCGGCCCCCGUCGCCGCGGGCCCGGCGAGCGCCGCGCCGGCCGGAGCGGCCUACGCCCUGGCGCUCGCGGCCUCCGUCGGGGCGCUGGGCGCGCUGCGCGCGAGGCGAAACAGUCGCACCGAGCUGCGCGCGGCAGCCAGGACGGCCCAGAAGAAGAAGAAUACUAGUAUGCAGGAAGACGAGAAGCCGAAGGGGCCGCCAGAGCCGCCCCCGUUCGACCCGGCGACGCAGAUCGGAGCGCUGCUGCCGGUGGGGUACUUCGACCCCCUGAACAUCUGCAAGGUCGGGGACAGAGGCAAGUUCCGCAACUUCCGGGAGGCGGAGCUGAAGCACGGCCGCGUGGCGAUGAUGGCCUCCGUGGGGCUCGUGGGGCAGCACUUCCUGAAGUUCCCGGGCUUCGAGGCCGUGCCGAGCGGCAUCCGCGCCGCCGACGUGUCGCCCGGGCUGCAAGGCUGGAUCGUCAUGAUACUCUUCUGCGGUUACAUGGAGCUCAAAGUGUGGAAGCAGGAUGUGGCCAGUGAUGCUUGGCACGACCGCCUGCUGCAGCGCGUGGCGUGUUUUCAGAUUCGCGCAGACGCGCAGGAGUCCGAGGCCCAGUCGUGCGCGACGGAGUUGCUGUGGGACCACUGCGACGAGCCAAAGCAGAUAUGGCCUCAGUUCAUGAUGUGCCUCGUGCAACAUCUGGACCUGGUGACACCACUUGACGCCGGUCACGAGGAGUCCGAGGCCCAGUCGUUCGUGACGGAGGAGCUGUGGAACGAUUACGCGGACCAGGACAACGGCCGUUCCGAGCUGAUGGUGCACUUCGUGCACGACGUCGUUUGGGGUUGCGACGGGCAAAGCGGCAGCGCAGAGUCCGAGGCCCAGUCGUGCGAUCUCGAGGAACAGGACAACUUCAGUUCCGAGCUGAUGGUGCACUUCGUGCACGACGUCGUUUGGGGGUGCGGCGGGCAUAGCGGCAGCGCAGUCGACCUCGGCGCUUCCGUCUGCGGUUGUGGCACCGCCGCCGCGGCGCCGCCCACAGGGCGACUCGUCUCUUGUGGCCCCUUCUUUGAUUUUGAUGAGUUGGACCUGGUGAUGCCAGUGGGCGCCGCUCACGAGGAGUCCGAGGCCCAGUCGCGCGCGACGGAGCAGCCGUGGGACCACUGCGACGAGCAAGGCCCGAUUUGCUUUGAGUUCUUGAGGCGCCUCGUGCAGCAUCUGGACCCGGUGACGCCAUUGGACGCCAGUCACGAGGAGCCCGAGGCCCAGUCGUGCGCGACGGAGGAGCUGUGGGACGAUCUCGAGGAGCAGGACAACUUCAGUUCCGAGCUGAUGGUACAUUUCGUCCACGACGUCGCUUCGGGGUGCGGCGGGCAUAGCGGCAGCGAAGUCGACCUCCUCGGUACUUCUGUCUGCGGCUGUGGCGCCGCCGCCACUGCGCCGCCCAGAGGUUGA